UUCGGACAGAUGAUGACCUGUGACCUCCAUGUCUUUUUCUCUGAUCUCUGUCCAAAUUAGCUGAAGUGCAGCCAAAGUGUACAGGCUCCAGAGAAUGAUUACACAUUCGGAACUGUACGGUCACGACGCAGCGCUAUCGCUCUGGUUCCGGCGGUCUUUCUUGAGUCCACGUGUCUCCCCGUUUCCAAGCCGCGGUGUCUCUUUCGUCCUCCCGAAACCCCAGCGGCUCCACCGUGUCUUGGCCAUGGCCGUUAAGCGCAGCCCUAAGCGUCUCAAAUACUCUGCUCCUCGCUUCACCAAGGAUGAUGGCUUGCUUUAUGUUGAAGCUGAUUCAUCAGGAGCAGACAGCUGGAAAUUGGAGCCAGUUGUCAAUCUUUUGAAACAGGGAGCGGUUGGGGUCAUUCCUACAGACACUUUGUAUGCAAUCGUUUGUGAUUUGAAAAGCAAUUCAGCGAUUGAACGUCUUCGCAGGAUAAAAAAUAUAGAUGCUUUAAAGCCUCUUAGCAUCUUAUGCCACUCUUUCCGGGACAUUGAUACGUAUACAACAGGGUUCCCUCGUGGUGAUAGCCAAGGUCAUGCUAGUAUAUUCCGAGCUGUGAAGCAUUGCUUACCUGGGCCUUAUACUUUCAUCCUGACUGCAAGUAAAGAGUUACCUAAACAGUGUAUAAGGUAUGGGACUACAGCUGCCAAAUUUGCAUCGAGGAAAAAUGUGGGUGUUCGUAUGCCUGAUGACGCCAUAUGUCGGGCAAUACUCGAGAGGACGGAUGCCCCUUUAAUUUCCACAAGUGUCAAGUGCCCAAAGGAGAAUGAGUGGCUGAUAGAUCCGGUUGUAAUAGCUGAUAUAUAUGGACAAGAGGGUCUGGACUUUGUUGUUGAUGGAGGGGUAAGAGUGGCAGAUCCAUCCACUGUUGUUGACAUGAUGGUGAUUCCUCCCAAGAUCGUAAGGCAGGGAAAGGGGCCUAAGUUACACUGGAUGGGUGCUGAAGAUGAUGAUGGAUCUGCUGCUAUGCCUGAAGCAAAGCUCAUCAUUCCUUAUGCUACUUGAGGCUAAUACAUGCGUCCUUGAAACACUGUAGCGAAACAUGAUUUGUAUACCUUCAAGGUUGUACAGGGGUUUAGAUGUUUACUACCAAAAAUAAGGUUUUAAGGCGGUUUUGAAC